AUGCACUACCAUGUGCUUCCUUCAAAUUCUGAGCAGCCAGCUCAAGGACAGAUUGAUUCUUCAGGCAUGAAUAAUAAUUCAGAAAAGUGCAUUCAGUGCUUGACAAAGAACAUUUCCAGAUAUGUUGCAGAUAUUAAGCCUUUGCCUCCCAACAUAAAAGAUAAGCUGAUAAAAUUAAUGAGUAUGCAAGGGAGGAUAACUGAUUCCAAUAUCAGUGAGGUGCUACACCCCGCAGUGGAGACACUAGAUCUUAGAGACUGUGAUAUUUCAGAUAAUGCCCUGCUGCAAAUUAGUAAUUGCAAGCAACUGAAAAAAAUUAACUUAAAUUCUUGUAGAGAAAACAGACUAGCCAUCACUUCAGAAGGAGUCACUGCUCUGGCCUUGUCCUGCCCUUAUUUACGGGAAGCCUCAUUUAAAAGAUGCUGCAAUGUGACAGACAAUGGAGUUCUUGCUCUUGCACUGAAUUGUCAUCUUCUACAAAUAGUUAACUUAGGCAGCUGCUCAUGCAUCACUGAUGCAUCCCUUCAUGCACUUGGACAGAACUGCAGAUUUCUACAUAGUGUGGAUUUUUCAUCUACUCAGGUGACAGAUGAUGGCGUCAUAGCACUAGUUAGUGGAAUGUGUUCAAAGAAUUUAAAGGAGAUCCACAUGGAACGUUGUGUGACUCUGACAGAUGUAGCUGUGGAAGCUGUCCUUACCUGCUGUCCGGAGAUAUAUAUUCUGCUGUUUCAUGGAUGUCCACUGAUAACAGAUCGUUCCCGAGAAGCCUUGGAGCAAUUAGUUGGACCAAACAAAAUUAAACAAGUGACAUGGACUGUUUAUUGAUUUUUAUAUAAAAGCUCCCAGAUGGUACAGGUUUUUCAGAAAUCAACCAUCUCUGGGCAACAGUCUUCUCUCUGGUAACCACUGUCGUAUGUAAUACCAGAUUCCUUCAUUCUUUGUUUCUAAAAGCGCGGUUUGUGAAUAUCCAAGUCCUUUCGUGUCAUAGGUGUGCCUGUCCAUGCCAUGUUAAUUAAUAUUUCCUGUAAUUAAAGCAAUGCCUUUCUUUA